CACACACACACACACACACACACACACGCACAUAUAUAUGUAGCUGUUUACAGUGGCCAGAUGUUAACCUUGGUGUGUGUCGUCUGAUUCUGUCACAGGAUCGUAAAUUUGGUAGGCUGCAUAGAUUUUGCCACAGUGUACAAACGAUGUGUUUGGUGUAACAUUAGCUGAAUGCGCACUUGCAGAAAACAAGCGUGUGGUCAUGUAGGACAACGGUGAAGAUACUGAAGAUCAUCAUCAUCAUCAUCAUCAUCAUCAGCACGGGCUGCUGAACCGGAACGCCAUCACGGAAUUGUGCAGAAAGCUGUCGGCUGUUUUAAAGGUGUCUCGCUGCUUCAGUGUUUCAGAGAGAUUUCACAGUCACAGAUGGCGUCAAAUUCUCGAGUGUCCAUUCUGGAUUACUUCAAUAUUGUCUUUGAGGGCGAAAAUGGCAAAAUUGAAUCUAACUGCAAAGCUUGUGGCACCAGGAUACAGGCAAAGCGCACAGUUACCUCGAACUUCGUUACACAUUUAAAGCGUAAGCAUCAAGCGAUGUAUGAUGAGUUUUUGAGGAAGAAAGAUGUCAAAAGAGAGGCCUAUUCUUCUGGAGCGGUGCAGUCCUACACAACCAUAAGUGGCACCAAUCGAACAGCUUCGCAGAGUGGGGCAGGAACAACCAAAUUUGACCGGAGUGAUCCACGACAGUCCCUCAUUUCUGAAACAAUCGCCAAGAUGAUCAUCCGCGAUCUGCAGCCUGUGCAGGUUGUAGAAAACGAGGGCUUCCGUGAGCUGCUUAAGCUCCUUGAGCCUCGUUAUGUCCCAGAGCCGAGUCAUUACAUACAACAGCAGCUCCUUCCGGCUUACAGCUACCAAGUACAGCUAGCAACCAAGCUGGCUCUCUCAGGAGUCGAGUCCUGCAGUAUCACCCUGGACCUGUGCACAAGCAAUGCUGUUUCUGUCAACAACACCUCAGGCUACCUGGGUGUGACAUGCCAUUUCAUAACCCCAGACUGGCAGAUCAAGUCCACUCUGUUAUCAUGUAUUCCUCUCCAGAAUUAUAGGGACACUCAGCGCAUGCUCACUGAGUUCGAUGAGAUCUGUCAUGUCCAUGAUAUCUCGGGUAAGGUGUUUCGCAUCGUUAUCGAUCCCUCCCCUUGUGAAAGCCGAUCUACCUUCCGUCUGCCUGGUUUUUAUCUCCAUGCUAAUGGUGUUGUGGAAGAUGAGGAGGAAGAUAGUAGUGAUGAAGAAAAUGGUGCAGGCGAAGGUAAGAAUGCUGUAAGUGGAGCAGAAGAGCAGAAUUCUUUAAAUCAGUGCCUGGGUCGGUGUAGGAUAGAUUGCUUUGCCCAUUCACUGAGCCAGUGCAUACGAGAAGGGAUCUGUUCGUCCUCUCAGUUAUCCGCGACUCUCACUAAAGCAGCUUGCUUCUACAACUAUGUAGUUGCAGCAGUGACUCCUGAAAAACUUAGUAAAGUGUUUGUUCCUGCGUCUGUAGGAAAUGGGCAGCACCCAUCAGCUUUGGACAAGCACUGGAACACCCAGCUAAAGACAAUGCGACAAAUGCUUGAAUCGUUGGAGUUUUUGGAGGACAUUGUAGACAGAAAUGACUUGGCUCUCAACAGUGUGGAAAAAGCCACGCUGCAUGAACUGGUCGAGAUCUUGGAACCUUUUGAAGAAGCCACAGAUAUGGUCCAGGGAGACAAGCAUGUGUCUAUCAGUCUUGCUCUACCCAGUGUCCUGGGCCUACGUAAGCACCUGGCAGAAGUUGUAACACACCACUGUGCAGGACUGGUAACAGGAUUGACUCAUGCACUGGACCAGAAAUUAGCUGGCAUCCUGGAGGACCCUCUGUUUGUGACAGCCACUACCCUGGACCCACAGUUCAAGCUUUCUUGGAGUAGUGACCGAGACUGGCACAAGCAGGUUCUCCUGGAGGAGAUGGGAAAGCACAGCCAGCCUGUGAGUCCACCAGAGCCCAGUUUAGAUGCUCAGCCAUCCCCAUCUAAACGCAGCAGACUAUUCUCUUUUAUCAAAGAGAGACCAUCCACACAGGCCAAGAGUAUGGAGCAGGAGCUGGCUGCCUACCUGCAUGAGGAGCCCACAGACGAAGAUCCCCUGCAGUACUGGAAGCGCAAGUCUAUUGAUUUUCCUUUACUUUCACUAGUAGCCAAGAAAGUGUUUACAGUGCCAGCUACAACAACAGCUGUGGAAAGGAUAUUCUGCCUCGUGACCAAAACCCUAAGACCCGAACACUGCAGACUCCUUCCGAAAAACCUAGAUACGUUGAUUUAUUUGAAGGCCAACUACAGCAUAUUGUGGUCUUAACUGCUUUAAAAGGACAUAUUUACAGGAUACUGACAGUAGAUUUGGUCUACUUGGAUUUUUUUUAAAACAAGGAUGCCUCAAACCCAAUAUCUAUGAGCAUAGAACUGCAGAAUCACCCAAAGCAACACUAAACUCUUUGAGUCUGUCUACAGGUACUGAGACCUUUAUUAAUUAAAUCAGUCAUGUGGCAUGUUCUACACAUGUAACCUGUUGUUGUCGCUACUUGUUUUUUACAUCAAUUGUAUUUACUUUUUUUUUUUUUUAAUUUAUUAGUGUAUCAUGCAGAGUAAUGCAAGAAUAGAGCUGAGCAGCAGGAACAUGGGCUUAAUCAGGGACACAACGCUGGUCCUCUUACAGUCCUAAAUGAGAAACAGUUGCUGGCUUUGAAACUGAAUCUGCUGACCUAUGACUACCCUUGUUAUAAAAUACAAUGAAAUGUUUGAGAAGUUAACAAUGAUAAUAAAGUUCCUCCUUAACCUCAGAGAUUGUUAAUAGGCUUGAAAAUGCAGAAUGUCAUCUCCUGUAUGGUUCAGUAAAAAAGUGUUUGUCCUGUCUUCAGGGGAUCAUGCAUGAUUGAUCAUUUUGAAUGCCUACCAUGUCAUAACUAUCUGUGAUAAAACUGGGGAGGAUACUGGGGGAAUUUUGUUUUUAAAAACUCUAAAACCUUUUUCUAAACAGUUCUUAAGGCCCAUUCAUGCUUUAGGCUUGUCACAGCUUAUACAUGAUGGGUCUAUAAGGCUAACAUUGAAAAACUUGCCCUCAUGUAAGGACUCCAUGCUGCUAUCACUGGUCAUGUCGUACAGCGUCAACGUGAACAGGACAGAGCAAAAUUGGAGAAUUUUUAAAAGACUGGUGGUGUUUAUAUAACUCGUCCACAAUAUAUGUUGCACUAGCAUUGCAUAAUUGUUAACAUUUCCCAUGUUUCAUCCUAUAA